UUUUCUCUUUGAGUAUCGAUCCCUCGGCACCGGCAUUAAACAUUAAACGCAUUUGCGUUCUUCAAUAUAUAUAUACAUAUAUUACAGAAAGACACCAUUCUUAUUAUUAUUAUUAUUAUUAUUAAUAUUAUUAUUAUUAUUAUUACUAUUAUUAUUUAUACUGCGUGAAUCUACAGACAUUUUAUAACCUAAAGUUUUUUUUUAAAUUCAAAUUAUUAUUAAAAAUGUCGCGAAUGACAAGUUAUGAUUCUCAUAAUGAUGGUCCAGGUUUUGUUGGUAUAAGAUUUUGUCAAGAAUGUAAUAAUAUGUUGUAUCCAAAAGAGGACAAAGACAAUAAAGUACUCAUGUAUGCGUGUAGAAAUUGUGAUUUUAAACAAUUGGCAGACAGUAAUUGCAUUUAUGUAAACAAAAUAAUGCACGAAAUCGAUGAGCUGACUCAUAUCGUUGCUGAUGUGAUAUCUGAUCCAACGUUACCAAGGACAGAGGAGCAUCCAUGUCCGAAAUGUAAUCACAGAGAGGCGGUUUUUUUUCAAGCUCAAACACGACGAGCUGAAGAGGAAAUGAGACUUUAUUACGUUUGCACAAAUCAACAUUGCACUCAUCGAUGGACCGAGUAAAAUAAUUUUAAUUUACUGUAAUGUUACUGAUAUUUUUUACUAAAUAAUUAUAUAUUUUCUCUCAAUAAUAAAUUAUAAAAAAAAAAAAACAGCGUUUGUUUAAUAUAUU